AUCGCAUAUGUCAAUCUUGACACAUUCCAAGUGUGCAGUUCCACCUGUUGUGACGAUAGGCUGCAGUAAAUAAACAUUUAUCCUGAAAAAAGGACGAAAACAACAUGCUGCACAAACUGCAAACCGCGGCAACAUGUUCCCGACGAUUUGCUUCCGCCUGCUCCAGCGCUGGCCCGAAGGUGGCGCAUCGUCAGAUAAAUAAACUGCUCAUUGCAAAUCGUGGCGAAAUUGCGUGCCGUGUGAUGCGAACCGCGAACCGGCUCGGGAUUCGAACGGUUGCAGUUUUCUCCGAAGCGGAUGAAAAAUCGCUACAUGUAAAACAAGCGAACGAAGCAUAUAACAUUGGUCCUGCCGCAUCACAACAAUCGUACCUGCGGGGUGAUAAGAUACUGGCGGUUGCCAAAAGAGCGGGCUGUCAAGCUAUUCAUCCCGGCUAUGGCUUUCUGUCGGAGAACGUGGAAUUUGCAGAAUUAUGCCAGCAGGAAGGUGUCACGUUUAUCGGUCCACCGGCGAGUGCGAUCCGGGACAUGGGAAUUAAGAGCACCUCCAAGCACAUCAUGUCCGCCGCCGGAGUGCCGAUCAUCAACGGAUACCAUGGAGAAGAUCAAUCGGACGAGAGACUGCUGAAGGAGGCACAACAGAUAGGAUUUCCCCUUAUGAUUAAGGCGGUUCGGGGCGGUGGCGGCAAAGGAAUGCGUAUUGCGGAAACGGAAGCGGAUUUCAUGCCCAUGUUACAGUCCGCUCGGACAGAGUCUGAGAAGGCUUUCGGUGAUAGCGCAAUGCUGCUGGAACGCUAUGUACGAUCACCAAGACACGUGGAGGUACAGGUAUUUGCUGACCAUUACGGUAAUGCGGUCUAUCUGUACGAACGUGAUUGUUCGGUUCAAAGACGGCAUCAAAAAAUUAUCGAAGAAGCACCCGCCCCGGGUCUGUCGGAGGAGCUACGUAAACAGCUCGGCGAGGCAGCGGUUCGUGCCGCUAAAGCAGUAAACUACGUCGGCGCCGGUACGGUGGAAUUCAUCCUGGACAAAGAAGAUCUGUCCUUUCAUUUUAUGGAAAUGAACACUCGGCUGCAGGUUGAGCAUCCCAUCACGGAAAUGAUUACCGGAACCGAUUUAGUCGAAUGGCAAAUAAAGGUAGCAGCGGGAGAGCGUCUACCGGUAACCCAAGAAGAUAUCGUCAUGCGCGGUCACGCUUUCGAGGCUCGUAUCUACGCCGAGGACCCGGCAGGAGGUUUUCUUCCGGGUGCAGGUCCUUUAGACUACCUGUCGACCCCAGAGCCGUCAAGUACGACGCGUGUUGAGACUGGCGUAAGGCAGGGAGACGAAGUGUCCAUCCAUUACGAUCCGAUGAUAGCGAAGCUGGUAGUCUGGGGCGAAAAUCGUGCCAGCAGCUUGCAACUGCUGGUCGAACAGUUGACCAACUAUCAAAUAGCUGGUCUGCAGACCAACAUAAACUUCCUGAUCGAUCUUGCUCAGCACGAACACUUCCAGGCUGCAGAUGUGCAUACUGGCUUUAUCGAGCAGCACAUGAAUACACUUUUCCCGAAAAAAGUGAUACCUUCGGAGAAGGUAGUCCAAAUGGCGCUAGCCCACGUGCUAAACGAACGCGUGCAAUCGGGCGCCAGUUUGGGCACGAAAACUUGUACCCCAUUCGAUGGUGAGUACGGCUUCCGGCCGAACUAUAGUGUGGCACGUCCGAUAAAGAUAAAAGUUGGCGAUGUAGAGCAUACGGUUGAAGUAACGACGAGCGCUGAAAGCUGUUACCUGGUUCGUGUGGAUGCCGGCGAAUGGCAGAAGGUAACGGUGCGCCGUAAACCGUACACCAACCGUUUCCUGUUGGAAACGAACAUCGAGGGACACGUUUCGUGUUUUAACGCCGUCAUUUCAGGUGAAAAUGUGGCACUUUUCGAUGAGAAUGGUAUGAUUGGUGGAGAACUUGUUCAGCCACGCUUUCUCAUUGCCGAAAGCACGAUGGGUGGUGUCGACGCGUCCAGCGUAACUGCCCCAAUGCCCGGGGUGCUCGAUAAGUUGCUUGUAAAGCCUGGCGAUACUGUGAAAGCAGGUACACCGGUUGCAGUGCUGAUUGCCAUGAAAAUGGAGCAUGUUCUGAAAGCUGCCAAGGAUGGCGUUGUUAAAGCGAUCCCGAAUGCAGAAGGUAGCAACGUUCGCAAAGGUGCCAUCUUGAUUUCGUUCGAAUAAU